CACUCCCUCGCCAGGGUGAUGCUCCAAGUACAUACCACGGGCCAAGGGGGGUAAUAGAGGACAGCAGAGUCCCCCUUGGCCCAGUCGCCAUCCUCCACUCUGUUCUUCUCCUCUUCAUUCUCCCCGACAGAACCCAGGAUGAGAUUCGACCGAUUGUUACCAGCACUAUUCUCCUUGUUUAUUGCGGCAUCGGCCCAGACCUUGAGUGGCCUGACCUUUGAUAGCCGUGAUGAAGUGAGUCUGUUAUGGGCAUUGGAUGGCCAAGCAACGGGACGGUAUGACUUUUAUCUCUGUGCUGGUGACGAGUCAACGGGUGCAUAUGAGUCAUUGGAGCGAGUUAUCACGGACGGUACUUACGCUACUGGGGACUACGUGUCUUUCCGAGUUGAUCGGGAGGUCGGUGGAAACGAUCCCAAUGCAUACUUCCUCAAAGUCGUCCCUUCAAUUUCCAAGGAGCACUGGUCCGGAUAUACCUCGCACUUCACCCUCACCAACAUGAAAGGCACCUUCUCCACCACAAUCUCCAAUGCAGUCAAAUCCAUCCAAUUCAUUCCCGUCCCCUUGAUCUUAGAUGGAGAAACGAACCUGCUUGAUGCAGCCAACCUACCCCCGAUCAUCAACAGCUCGAUUUUCAACAGUGAUAUAUCCGACAACACGAGCGAAUCCCUGUUACAAUUUCCCACGCCAACUAUUCCCACGGCGCUGGACCGCCAUGAAUUGCGAAAGCGUUUGGUGGACCAGCACACUGUGCCCUACGGAGAGCAAACUGGAUUGACAAAAUAUGCUCCGAUGGCCAAGCGAGCUGGCACCACUAUCGCAACUAGGUCGCCCACGCCGCAAUACCCACCUUUCCCUUUCUCUAUUGCGACUACCUAUUUGGGUCCACCAACUGUGCAGUACACGGACUACGCGUAUCAGACCUGGACUACGCACAGCAUUGAGAAUACCGCUGCCCCUGCUGCUGCACCCACGCUGGACAAGAGAAUGCAGCAAUGGAUGGAGCGUUGGAAAGAUUAAUUACAGGCUUCAUGUAUCACCUACUUCUUCUUCGAUUUCGUUAAGGACUCGAUAAUUGAGCACAAGUGUUGAGCUUGCACUCGGCUUUCCAACCUGUUGAUUUGUCAAAAUCUAAUGUAGUCUUUCCGCCGUGAUCACAAUGCGAUUGAAACUUUUGGUGCUGUUCGCAAAAUCACUCCAUAUUUACAGCUCCUCAUCUAUAUUUUCAGCCUUUCUCUCUUCAUUCAUUUUCGUGUAAUUCAUGCAACAUUAUGAGCGCCCGUUAGGUGGCGACCUGGGCGAUUUCCACUCCUCCAGCGCGGGAGUAAGCAAUGGUGUCGCCGGAUGACUUUCUUCCGGGUGGAAGGAGAUGUUCUCCCGCAAGGCGACAUAUUCACUUUCAGACCAACCAAGCAGGGACUCGAUAUGUGUGCUCCGGUGACCCUUGAUAAGCGCAAUCUCCAUGGAGCCGUAAUUCACUAACGCGCGUCCCACUUCUCGUGGCUCUUGUGCGUGGUGGAUAAAGUCUCCAUCCAGGGCAUCGGGCGAGGGCUUCUCUGCGACUACCAGCCGCACGGCUUCUUGCUGUGCGAAGUGUCCUUCAACACCGACUACACCGGCAGGAAGCAGACUGGCCUUGUGGUUCAGGAGUGCGUCGUAGGCACCUUGGUCGAUGUAGAUGGUACCGUGGGGAGUCAGGCCGUGCAGCAGCCAGAAUGUGACGGAUUGAAUGGGGGUAUCUGAGGGGAGGAAACGAGUGUGGAGAGGGGGAGGGGGAAUGUCGAGAGCCUGGUCGCCAUUUGCGUCAGGACCCUCUUGAAGUCGUUGGAGGUAUUUGACGAUAUCGUGGACGUUGCCAGGUUUGGAGCUCUUGGUAAUGAUGGUUGUCACGCCAGCACUAGUUCCGAGCUUGGCAGCCACAAUCUUAGUGCUCAUACCACCGGUCCCCAGAGCCGAGCCGGCAGACGAGACAUCAGCCUCCAAUAGAGAGAUAUCUGACACAACUUCAAUGGGCCUGGCGUCGGGGUUCGUUCGAGGGUUGGCCGUGUAGAGACAGUCAACAUCGGUCAUCAAGAAAAGAUAGUCGGCCUUGACGGUAGCCGCCGCAAUCGCUGAGAGGGUAUCGUUGUCG